UUCCAUGUAACUGCGCGAACCGCUUACUUAUCUAUCGACCGAGGGCGUUAGAAAACCAAAGAAUUUGACCUCAACCGCAGCAAAAAGGUCAAAUAUUCAUUUUAGCCCGCUGGUAUGAAGGUGAAUUACCACAACAACGCGGUGCGUGUGUGCAUGAUGAGCGGCUGAGGAGGAGGAGGAGGAGAAGAAGGAGGCUGCGGUCUGAAGCCAGAUUUUAUCCUGGAUAUUUCGAAACAAACGCCGUGUCGUUUACUUAACGGGGCACUGUACAAGUGGAAUAUGUUACUGUAUGCCCCAAUCAAUCUCGGUCCAUCCCAAUUUUAGGGGAGGUUUGACCCGUUUUCUGCCUCCUGAGGAUCCUCCAGCAACAGCAGCGGGACGGCGAACGGUUUUUCCUCCAGAUAUGGAGUGUGAAGAUGCGGAUUACAGAGGAAUCCCCGCCGCUAGUUUAGAUACAGUGGUCUUAUACUCUCCAGUGCGGCGCUAUCCAAGAGAAGAAUAACUAUGAAUACACAUUUUCUGACCUCGGGACUAAAUCGGUGAUAUCGCUCUCUCUAUAUUUUUUUUAAUUUUAUUUUUUUUUGGAGCACGACUGGACUCCCGUUAGGAAACGUGAGAGUGCAAUCCUGCUAGCCUGUUUGUAGUAGCUAUUAGCUCCAUUAGCCGGCUAACAGCUAAAAGGUGCUGGCUGGAGCUUAAAAGGCGUUUUGAUAACUCUGACUGGGUUUUCCCCACGUUUCCUUCCCACAGCAUAUUUAUUUACAGGAUUUAAAGUGUGAUUCACUCAUUCGGGGAUGAGGUCUCGAAAGGAAAGGAGCCGCUUGACCUUGUUUUGGGGUCUGAUGCUGGGUCUUUCGUCCUGCCUCCGGCCCGCCACCGCAGAAAUCAUUGGUGACAAAAACAACAACAUCAACAACCAGGAAGUCUUCCGCUCCCUCAGCUUCCCCAAGCUGACCAUGAUCACAGACUACCUGCUGUUAUUCCGGGUAUCCGGCCUGGACAGUCUGAGCACGCUCUUUCCCAACCUCACUGUCAUUCAUGGUCGUAACCUCUUCUACAACUACGCCCUGGUGAUUUUCGAGAUGACCAGCCUGAAAGACAUCGGCCUGUACAACCUGAGGAACAUCACCCGUGGAGCCAUCCGUAUUGAGAAAAACCCUGAGCUCUGUUACCUGGACUCCAUUGACUGGUCCCUCAUCAUGGAUGCAGAAUUCAACAAUUACAUUGCUGGAAACAAGCAGUCGAAGGAGUGCAGUGAUGUUUGCCCUGGUAUCAUGGAGAACAACCCCCAGUGCAGCAAGACCAUGUUCAACAACAAUUAUAACUACCGUUGCUGGAACUCCAAUCAUUGCCAAAAAGUGGGGUGCCCAGAGAUGUGUGCACUGCGAGCAUGCACAGCAGACGGCGAGUGCUGCCACCCUCAGUGUCUGGGCAGCUGCACAGUCCCCGAUAGUGACACAGCAUGUACUGCAUGUGUGCAUUACUAUUACCAAGGCCGCUGCAUGGCUGACUGCCCCCCAGGCACCUACAAGUUCGAGGGCUGGAGCUGCAUCAGCGCCGAGCUUUGCUCCAAAGCCCAAUUUACCGACCUUGACAGAUACGUUAUCCAUGGAGGAGAGUGCAUGCCUGAAUGUCCAUCUGGGUACACACGCGCUGCACCAAACAGUAUGUUUUGCACAGCUUGUGAUGGUCUGUGUGAUAAAGUAUGUGAUGGGAAGGUCAUCGACUCCAUGACUGCUGCUCAGUCUCUCAAAGGCUGCACUGUUAUCAAAGGCAACCUGCAAAUCAACAUCCGCAGAGGCCAUAACAUGGUGGCAGAGCUGGAAAGUUUCACAGGUCUGAUCCAAAGGGUGACCGGUUACGUACGGAUCAUACACUCGCACACACUGAGCUCGCUUGCAUUCCUUCGGAGCCUGAGAUACAUCGAUGGAGAAAACCUCCAUGAAGACAUGUAUGCCUUCUCUGCAUUCGACAACCAACAGUUACAGUAUCUUUGGGACUGGAAGCAGCACAAUCUGACCAUCAAAACAGGAAAGCUGUUCUUCAGAGCCAACCCUAAGCUGUGCAUGUCCGAGAUCCGCAAAAUGUGGAACAAAACCGGCAUCCAGGCCCGCUUUGAUGAGAGUGAUUUCCGAAACAACGGCGACAGAGCCAGCUGUGAAAGCACUAUUCUGAAAUUUAAGUCUAACAGCACCAGUAGCACAAGGAUCAAGCUGACAUGGCAGCGCUACCGGCCCCCUGACUACAGAGACCUCAUCAGCUUCAUUGUCUACUACAAGGAAGCACCCUACCAGAACAUCACAGAGUUUGAGGGACAGGAUGGCUGUGGCUCCAACAGCUGGAAUAUGGUGGAUGUGGAGCUGAGGCCUGACAAAGAGUCAGAUCCUGGAGUUCUUCUGUCCAACCUGAAGCCGUGGACACAGUAUGCGAUCUUUGUUAAAGCUAUCACACUCACAGUGGAGGAUAGACACAUGCCAGGAGCCAAGAGCAAGGUGGUCUACAUCCGCACGAGCCCCUCAGCACCCUCCAUGCCUCAGGAUGUGCGAGCGUACUCCAACUCAUCCACUCAACUGGUGGUACGCUGGUCGCCCCCUGUCUCAGCGAAUGGCAACCAGACAUACUACUUGGUAAGAUGGCAGCAGCAAGCGGAAGACCGAGAGCUCUAUCAGCACAAUUAUUGCUCCAAAGAGUUGAAGAUUCCCAUUAGGAUCGCUGCCAUAGGGGUGGGAGACCAGGAAGAGGAGACAAAGCCGACUAAACUAAAUCCAGAUGGGGCAGGUAAAGGCUGUUGUCCCUGCCCCAAAUCAGUGGAAGACCUGGAGGCUGAAGCUGCUGACGCCUCUUACCGAAAAGUCUUUGAAAACUUCCUGCACAACUCCAUUUUCACACCGAGGCCAGCAGAUCGUCGCCGCAGAGAUCUGUUUGGCAUCGCCAACUCUACUCACUCCCGCCGCAACCACCUGCACGGCAACAGUAGCACUGCCCCUCCUCUUCAAGCCGCUGGCAACAGCAGCACCCCCGAGCAGGAUCCGGCAGACCAAGAAUUUGAAUUCAUUGAGCAAUCAGUGACAGAACGUGAGCUGCAGAUCUCUGGCUUGCAGCCUUUUACGGUUUACCGCAUCGAUGUUCACGCGUGCAAUCGACAGGUCGUACGUUGCAGCGCAGCGGAGUUCGUCUUCUCCAGAACCAAGCCUGCAGAAAAAGCCGAUGACAUCCCGGGUCCAGUGACCUGGGAAGGCCACGAGGACUGGGUGUUUCUGCGUUGGCCCACGCCGCCUCGUCCCAACGGACUUAUCCUCAUGUAUGAGAUCAAGUUUAAACUGGGUGCUGAGACUGAGAAGCAUGAAUGUGUAUCUGGUCAAAUGUAUCGGGCCCAGCGUGGCGUUCGGCUGUCCAACCUCAGUCCAGGAAACUACUCAGUCAGAGUGAGAGCCACGUCUCUGGCUGGCAAUGGCUCCUGGACACAAACUGUGGAUCUGUACGUGGCUGAACGAUAUGAAAAUAUCUUCUACGCCAUGAUCUUCGUUCCCAUCUCCAUCGUCAUCUUCAUCUGCCUUCUGAUUGGAGUGAUGGUUGUUCUCAACAGGAAAAGGAACAGUGAUCGGCUCGGAAAUGGAGUUCUGUACGCUUCAGUGAACCCAGAGUACUUCAGCGCAGCAGAAAUGUAUGUACCAGAUGAGUGGGAAGUGGCACGGGAGAAGAUCACCUUGAGCCGGGAGCUUGGCCAAGGGUCAUUCGGCAUGGUGUACGAAGGCAUAGCCAAAGGUGUGGUCAAAGACGAACCAGAGACGCGUGUUGCCAUUAAGACUGUAAAUGAGUCGGCCAGCAUGAGAGAGCGGAUUGAGUUCCUCAAUGAAGCCUCCGUCAUGAAGGAGUUCAAUUGUCAUCAUGUGGUUCGUCUCCUGGGAGUGGUCUCUCAGGGCCAGCCCACCCUGGUUAUCAUGGAACUGAUGACCCGAGGAGAUCUAAAAAGCUACUUGCGCUCCUUGCGACCUAAAGAGCAACAGUGGUCCAGCCUAUCUCUCCCUCCUCUGAAGAAGAUGCUUCAGAUGGCAGGGCAGAUUGCUGAUGGCAUGGCUUACCUCAACGCCAACAAGUUUGUCCACCGAGAUCUGGCAGCCAGGAACUGCAUGGUAGCUGAGGACUUUACUGUUAAGAUCGGAGAUUUUGGCAUGACCAGAGACAUCUAUGAGACAGAUUACUACCGCAAAGGUGGUAAAGGUUUGCUCCCCGUACGUUGGAUGUCACCCGAGUCCCUGAAAGACGGAGUCUUUACCACCAACUCGGAUGUCUGGUCAUUUGGGGUUGUGCUGUGGGAGAUUGCCACUCUGGCAGAACAGCCCUACCAAGGUCUCUCUAAUGAACAAGUUCUCCGUUUUGUCAUGGAGGGGGGGCUUCUGGAGAAACCUCAGAACUGUCCCGAUAUGCUGUUUGAGCUGAUGCGAAUGUGUUGGCAGUACAAUCCUAAGAUGCGUCCAUCCUUUGUUGAGAUCAUCAGCAGCAUAAAGGAUGAGCUGGACCCGUGUUUCAGGGAUGUCAGUUUCUUCUACAGCGCCGAUAACAAGCCCCCCGAUGCGCCGCAGCUCCACCUGGAAAAGCUAGACAACAUGGAAGAUGUUCCUCUGGACGCUCCGUCAUCGACACAACUGCAGCAGACUCCAGCUCCCCAACAGACGCCCCCUUCCCCGAGCUCAGAAGCACCACCUGGCCCAUCGCUAGCUCCCAGCUCACCUUCCUCUCCCUGCACGUCGAGAGCUGCCAUGGACAAGCACCCCUCCGGCCAGCAAGCAGCUAAUGGGCUGUCGGGGGCGGGGCACGCAGCGGGGGCGGGGCUCGGGACAGGCUCGAGCGUCGCAAUGCGGCCGUCUCUGGACGAUCUGCCACCAUACGCGCACAUGAAUGGAGGACGCAAAAAUGAGCGUGCCAUGCCUCUCCCGCAGUCCUCUGCCUGCUGAUUGGACAACCCACCAGACUGCAAACCUUCCAUCUGCUGGACAUCUCAGUGGAUGGAAUAAAAAAAAAUUUGUUGUUGUUGUUUUGGGGAAUUUUUUUUGUUUGUUUUUUUAAAUCAAAUACAGCAAAGCGCGUGGUCCACCAGCUGGAUGUGACCAUUCAGUGAGACUCACAGGAAGACGGAGCAAACAUGUUCUUCUUUUUCUUUUUUUCCUUUUCAUAAAGUUUUGGUUUCUACCAGCUGGCUGUCCAACGUGACACUGCCCUCGAGUGGGAAGAUCAAAAACACUACAAAUAAGAAAAAUAUCAAUAAUUUGGGAGAUCUCUUUCUCUCUCUUUAUGGCUGAACUUAUUUUAUAAUCCAUCAUUUGUUACUUUUUUAUAUGUAUUUACAAAUGGGAGAAGAAAAAUCUAUAGGCCUUUAUAUAAAACGAGCGGCGUUUUGUUUGCUUUUGAACGGGCAUUAUGGUGAAAACGUUAAGCAUAUCUAAUGACGAAGAAACUCUUAAGAGUGACUGGCAUGUCUCGUCGGUCGUUCAGUAGUGUGGUUGCUCUGCAGGCUGGGUGUCAGCGUAAUGCCGGAUCAACAGCCAACUCGCUGAAACAAACAACCAGAGGGGGAAAGGUCAACUCUGCCAAAUUGAUUGCCAAAUUUAUACUGUUUGUCAGAUUCUCUCUUCUGCAGUUUUGCCCUGUAAUUCUCCAACCCACUCCAUUGAAAAUUAAAGCAAAACAAAUCUGCUACUGCACUAUUUUGAAAUAAAAGGGAUAUUACCUUCCCUCUACAGUGCUACACUACAGCAAAUCUGACAUUAUAGACUGAAAUUAUCUGAAAUUGAGCCACAUCUUUUCACAAAGUGCUGUACCAUUACGGUUAAACCGCCAAAUACAGUCCAUAAAGAAGCAAAAAAAAAAAAUUAAAAAAACAAACAAACUCAAAGCGAGGACUGCGGAUGGAAAAAGUGUAAAUGGGAAAAACAAACAUAAACACGAGUUGUACAACGUCUCUCAGUCGGGGUUCUCCGAGUUCAGAGGCGUCUUUGUUGUUGUAUUCGAACAGGUAUUUUUUUAGGCUAGUCAUCGGUCUCCAACAUUUACAACAUCUCUCUGUGGGCAGAGCAUUUAUGUACACACCAGUUGUUUGUGUCACUUUUCUAACUUUUCUACAGUUGGAGACAUUCAUCGUGUACAGAAAGAAGCUGCUAUUCCUUAUUUCUCUUUGUGGUUGUAAUAUAGUCAAUAUCUAUAUAUUAAAAAGAGAAAAAAAAAACUCCUUCAGGUUGGAUCUACGAACGUUUCAACUACAGUCCAUUUUUUUAAUGCUUGUAACUGUGUAAAGUGUAUCUGAGCUGGUUUCGUUUCUGUGUUUGCGUAUAAGGUACGACUAUUUGCCUUGUGUUUUGAAACACUUCCCCUCCCAUCUAAUUAGGGGACAGCGAUGGGGGGGCGGCGACCAUCGGUGUUCUUGUGCUCUCUCGGGACCCUUUUGCAUCAGUCCUCUAUGGUUUGGACUAAACCGCUUCUACCCAUCAUUAUCACUCUAAGAGGCCAGGUGUCCCAACUAAAUCUCAGGUCAAAGAGGAAAGUUUAAUCCUGUUCUACUUUCCCGUUUGUUUUCUUCUUCUUUUUUUCCUUGUUCUGUCAAACCCAGAGACAUCCAGCCUGGUGUGUGUUAAACCUCGGUCUCAUUCUUAUUCUCUCUGACUGCGUUUCUUUUUUUAACAAUACUCAAAAGCAGUGUUUUUACAACCGAAUGGUUGUCAGGCUGCGUUUGAUUUGACCUUUACACUUAUGUACAGAAACCUAAUACUGACAAAAUGUAGAAGUGAGACAUUUCAAAAUGUAGCAUUAAACACUGAUAAACAAUACUGUUAGUUAAAUAAUUCAGAAGGCAUAUUAAAGGAAAGAAAUAUGUAAUUUAUGAUAAUCUUCUAUUAUACCAGCUCAUCAACUUAGUUUCCCCCUUUUUUUUUUUGGAGGGUUUUUGCACACUUGCUGUUUGUUUAGUGCCUUUUAGCCACCUAGCAGCAAGAAUACACUAAAAGGGGGCACGCAGCGGGGUCAGGGCGAGCUAAUCCUAGUUAUCUACCUGAGCCACCUGGUUAACCCAAGCUAACUUAUAAUAAAACAAACUCCAGAGUAAAAAAUAAGUUACUCACUUUAAUUACUCCUUUAUUUGUUACCAACUAUACAGGCGAUAAGUACAGUUUACAUUUUUAUCUGAAGCAUUUUACCCAGCGAGAAAAUAUUAACACAUUUUCUUGCUGGCUCAUGCUAGUUAUACCUUUUUUUCUGGUUUAUUAUGAAAGAAAAGUAUUCAUUAAAUCAUAUGCUGCCAUAAUAUGUCCUAAUUCAUGGUAAAAACAAGAGCCGAAUAUGAAGAUAAUUGUGUUUAAAAAUGUGGUAUUUGUACCAGAAAUGGUCCUCAUGCUAGUUUAGUUGGGGGAAAAAAGGUUAGCUGUAGCUAAGUGGCUAGCAGCUCUGUCAGAUGAUCCCCACACAUGCAUAAAAGUCCUGAAAAAGUAAUUAAUGACCAGAUUAAUCAUUAAAUGUGUGCCAAAACCCUCCCAAAAUCUCGGGCAAUAAAAGAUAAAAAGAUGUAUAAAGUGUUCUUUUUAGUCCGCAUUGUAAUCAUUUAGCUAACAGUAUUAUGUGAACUCACAUUUCUUUUUUUCUGAUACUGCAUUUUGUCAGUUUCAGGGCUCUGUGUUAGUGCCGUGUGCAAACCUUAAGAGUACAAUGCAAAACAUAAUUUAUGUACUUCAGGCGAGUACAGAAACCUGUCUGUGGGAUACUUUCACCUUCUUCUAAUCAACUUCUGUCUCUUCAUCAGGGGUGGCUUUCUUUAGGCUGCUAGAGUAACCCAUAGUUAUCUUUUUUCAACAUAUAAACGUGUGUUUGUAGAAGAUUGGGCUGAGACAUGGGUGAAAAUUAAUCUUAUAGCAUUGAGUUUUUUUUCCCCCUUUGGGAACAUUAAGAUGUCACAGGUGACACUAAAAGGAUUUAUAAAAGGAACAAGUAUUGAGGCCAUUCUCUUUGAGAAUAAAUCUUAAUGGUAUUCUUUAUGAAGAUUUACUGAAGAAAAACAAUAAUAUAUGAUCAGAGUGGACCACAUAGAAAGAUUUUUAAAGGUUUAUUUGCCUCUGAAAGCAGCAUUUGUGUAUCCCUUGCCCAAAUGUUUCUUGGUUAUUUAUGUCCUUUUUGUGUGAAGUGUAAAUCACUGUAAAAAAAAAAAAAUCCCC